AUGGCGGUCACUAUCGAGGAUCUUUAUCGGAGCUACGGGGUCCUUGCAGACGCCAAGGACAACCUCAGUCAGCACAAAGAUGCCUACCAGGUGAUUCUGGACGGUGUGAAAAGUGGCCCGAAGGAGAAGCGUCUGGCGGCACAGUUUAUUCCCAAGUUCUUCAGCAGCUUCCCAGAGUUGGCUGAUGCAGCCAUUAACGCCCAGCUCGAUCUGUGUGAAGACGAGGACGUGUCGAUUCGACGACAGGCCAUCAAGGAGCUCCCACGGUUUGCAGCUGGCGAUAACAUCCUUCGAGUCGCAGAUAUUCUCACCCAACUCCUUCAGACAGAUGAUACAGCAGAGUUCAACCAAGUCAACGCAGCACUUGUUUCUAUCUUCAAGAUGGAUGCGAAAGGUACACUUGGAGGCCUCUUCUCGCAAAUCCUGCAGGGAGAAGACAUUGUACGAGAAAGGGCCAUCAAGUUUCUGUCGAACAAAGUAAAGACGCUGCCAGAAGAUGUCAUGACAAAGGAGGUGGAGGACUACAUCUUCGCAGAGACAAAAAAGGUGCUGGAGGAUGUGACGGGAGAGGAGUUCGUGCUGUUGAUGCGUGUGGUGUCGGGCCUCCGGGUGCUGCAGACCGUGAACGGGCGGCAGCAGCUUGUGGAGCUGGUGGUGGAGCAGGCGUUCCUCGAGCAGGCCCUCAACCCGGCUGACCCGGACACCGUGGAUCGUCUGCUGCAGUGCACGCGCCAGGCACUGCCGCUCUUCUCUAAAAAUGUCCAUUCCACACGCUUUGUGACGUAUUUUUGUGACCAUGUCCUGCCGAACCUCAGCGCUCUGACAAGUCCGGUGGCUGAGCUGGACAUUCAGCUGGAGGUGCUGAAGCUGCUCGCUGAAAUGAGUCCGUUCUGUGGAGACAUGGAGAAGCUGGAGGCCAACCUCAACAUGCUGUUCACCAAGCUGCUGGAGUUCAUGCCACUUCCUCCAGACGAGGUUGAGAACGGUGAGAACUCGGCGAGCGAGGAGCCCAAACUCCAGUUCAGCUACGUGGAGUGUCUCCUCUUCGCCUUCCACCAGCUCGGCAAGAAGCUGCCAGACUUCCUCCUGGACAAAGUGGACGCUGAGCGACUCAAAGACUUCAAAAUCAGGUUACAGUAUUUCGCCAGAGGCCUGCAGGUUUAUAUCAGACAGCUGCGAGUGGCUCUCCAAGGGAAGACGGGCGAUGCGCUGAAGACAGAGGAGAACAAGAUCAAAGUGGUGGCCCUCAAGAUCACAAACAACAUCAACGUCCUCAUCAAGGAUCUCUUCCACAAUCCUCCAUCGUACAAGAGCACAGUGACUCUGUCCUGGAAACCGGUUCAGAAGACGGAGGCAGUAGCGCCCAAGCGUCCAUCGAGCGAGGAGAUGGGCGGCAGCACAAAGAAACCGGUCUCUCCUCAGCCACGGAGGGAUGCGCGGCAAAUCUACAACCCGCCCAGUGGCAAGUACAGCGCCACCAUCGGGAAUUUUAACUACGAGCAGCGUGGUGGAUACAGGGGCGGUCGAGGACGGGGCUUCGGAGCCAGAGGCGCUCGAGGACGGGGUCGGAUCUACUGAAACAUCGUCGCAUUACAUCCUGCUUGAUGAACCGCAUCGCAUUGGGAUCUGUUCAGCGUCCACAAACUGAUCUUCUGUUUUUCUUUGAGGGCCUGGUUCUCUUUCUGUGGAACAACAGGACCUCUUUGUUCUUGAAGGGUUUGGAUUUCUCUGACGCCUGGCUUCAACUUUUCUACCUGCUACAUCCACGUUUUACUCUCCUGUAUUCAUCUCUGCCAAGGUGAUAGUUAAUCAACACGUCUUUUUAUUUCCCCCCCCUCUUCCUAAAUUUUUAAAAUUUCGUCUGUGUAAUUCCGACUGCCAACUUGUGACUGAUUUUUGUCAGAUUAUUGUAGAAAAAAAAGGAUCCUCUUGUCUUGCAACUUGUUGUUGAACACAGUUUUUACUUUUUAUUUAAUCUUGUUUUCCUUUCAUUUUUUUUUUUUUAUUAGAGCUUGAUUUGAAUUGGUUGAAUUUGCUACUUUGUAUUACUUGUUUAUUCCGUUUCAUUGGAUUUUUAUCAUAAACUUGUACCUAUAUGUAUGAACUUUUGUCCAUGUGUUUUGUUUUUUGUAA